CAUAACUGUAAUCUCUUUGAUCUUGUGUCAGGCUUUUAAAUCCGGCCUACAAGGGAAACGUCCAUGAAUGCUGCUAAAGAACGCAGAUCCAAAAGCCGCUUUAUCCAACAGAAAGAACGCUUCAUUCUCUGCUGUCUUUUAUAGAAGCCAAGGACUAGCAGGACAGCUGAGUGGCUAGCAUUAGUCCAUUGCUCUUGAACUCUUGGGUGAUGGCAACCACUGCUGUAACCUUGUAUCACUGCUUUGUUUUUAUCUGGUAUGUUUUUCUUACAUACUUAUUUUUUACAAUUAGCACAACGGACCAACCAGAUGGAGUUUUUCUUUAUGGUGGGCUCUGGAAAUACUUGACAAUUCUCAAUGUGGUGUUGCAGACCGUUUUCUAUGCAAUUUGUUUUGUGACGGAUCUUCUGAUGUCAGUACCAGGAGUUAAACUUGUGAACUAUAUUGUCUCCUGCAGGGACCUUGUCUUCUCCGUGCUGGCUUUUCCAGCAUCUACUUUUGUGUUUUUGGCCUUUUGGGCACUGUACAGCUAUGACAGACAGUUGGUUUACCCUGAUGGCCUUGACAAGAUCAUCCCUCUAUGGCUCAAUCAUGCUGUGCACACAGCUGUGUUUCCUCUCGCUGUUGUGGAAAUGGUAACCUCUCCUCAUCGUUACCCACCAAAGAAAAAAGGGCUUCUACUCUUGGGAUUAUGCUCAGUGUGUUAUCUAAGCUGGGUAUUAUGGAUAUAUUUUGCUGCUGGCAAAUGGGUUUAUCCUUUUCUUGGAUUACUCAGUCCAUUUGAAUUUAUAAUGUUCUCAUUUAGCAGCAAUGUAGUUGCUGGAUCUGUCUAUAUUGCCGGAGAAGCUUUUAAUCAUCUUUUGUGGGGAGAAAGUGAACACAAGAAAAAACAAAUUAAAUAUCUAAUGUAGUGCAAUGCCAGAGGAUUCAUAAAAACUGAACUGAAUUGGGACUCCCACUGAACACUGAAAACCCAUGGACAUCUACAGAAUGAUGCAAUGAUACAGAACUCUCAUGGACAUGAACUUCAUAUUUUGUAUUUAAAGUUAUUGAUAUUUGAUUUUUUUUUACCAAAAUAAUGUUCGUUUACAUCUCUUUCAGAAUCAUAUAGCCCAUCAUUUUACAGGCCACAUCAUAAUUGAGGAUGUCACUCUGCAUAAAGAAAUUAGGUGUAGGCAAGCAGUUCUUUUUUUACAUGUCCCAACAUUCUAGGGGGAUUGAUAAUAUGAAAUCUACAUAAUUAAAUUAUUUAAUAGAAA